AUGCACUAUCGGAAACGUGAGGCAAAAAUGAGGACUCGCAGCGAGAUGAAGACACCGGAAGCUGAUGUGGAGAGUCCGCCUCGAGUUGACGGGGUCAUUCAUGAAGAUGAUGGGUGUUUUGUGAUGGAAGUCAAGCCGAACACUUCAGAUGGAACACUUGAUGAUGAAGAUAUUGAGACAGACGAGCUCUCGUCGAUGAAUGAAAAUCUGCAAGCAUUUCUACAAGCACUCACUGGUGUGACCAAAGAAAGUCUUGGUUCAUCGUCGCCGGCGCUUUCAAUGAAAAAUCAUGCAAAUGGCUCGUGUGAGGAUCGAAAAUUGGCAGCCAUCUUGAGGAAAGACCGAGCCGCGAUGGUGGACACGAUGGCAAAAUACUACUUGAAGAGGCUUUGCUUUGAUGGGACGAAUGCUAGCAUUGCUCGAUCGCAGAAUAUCAACCAAGAGAGACACGCCAUGUGGAGGCACAUCUCCGAGAAGGUUAACGCCAAAUAUGCAGAGCAAAUCGGCUAUUUAACAGUCGAGCAAACGAAGAAGCUGUUCUCGAAUCUGAAAAGGAAAUCGAGGGCAAAGAAAGAUGAGGACUCAAAAGAUGAAAACAAUGGCUCACGGGGAAGCCCUGACGAUCUCAUGUGCAUGGACGAUGACUUCAGUUUGAGCCUUGUGCGGGACGCAAUCUCCAAAGACAAUUUGGAUUUGAUUCGAAAAUCGAUGAGCGCUGGUUUGAAUCGUGAAGAUCGCUCGCCGUCGGUAGCCUCGACUACCUCGUCAAAAGAAACCAAGAAAACCGAUAUCGCCCUUUUCGACUCAAGUGUGUUCACCUCACCGCCAGCCUCGUCAGGUGACAAUCGAUUGGAUGAGUUGCUAAAGGGUCUCGACAAAACGUUGGAGGUUCAAUCGCUGAGAGAUCAGCUGACCGAGCGAGAGGCUGAAUGCGAGCGAUUGAAGAGAAAAAUCGAAGAGCAAGCUGAGGAUUAUCGAAAACGAACGCAAUCAAUGCUCGACCUCAUCCGAGUGGCCGUCGAUCGAAAAGCCGCCGACGAUGUGCAAAACUUUUUACGUAUU